UCGGAUUAAAAUCGUGAGGGCAGCACAAAUAAUAUGAGUAACCUAAGAAUUUAGCAUGUGUUGCUGUAUAGAUCCAAUUGUUGGAAAUAGUGAUCGAAAAGACCAAAAGGAAAACAUCGAGAGCAAUAAAAAAAGUAACUUCGAAAAUAAAAAUAUGCGAAUUGUUAAACGUCUGUCUUAGCAGAGCUGCCAAUCAUUGUGACGGUUGAGUGACGAGAAAACGUGUUAUGUUCUAAAAUUAGCUUAUGGUUGAGUGCUACUAACAUUGCUUUUAUCUUUAAUUACGCGACCUAAACUUUUUACCAUUGGUAGAUUGCUUGGUUUUUGCCAAAUUAUUAUCCAUUUGAACUCGCUGCUCCCGCAUUUGGCAACGGUAACCCUGCACGUUCACAUGCGAAUUCGAAGUUGAGUAAGGCGAAUAUCAUUGUCGAAUGAGGCCAGCGAGGUGUCUCGCGCUAUUGCUGCAGCAGUGUGUGCAGCGCUGCCAAACACGAACUUUAGCAAUCGGACAGACGGAAUUGUUCCAACGAGGCGACUUCGAAAAAGUUUUUUGUGAUAACUUUACUAACUGAAAAUUUGAAGAAAAAGCAGGUGUGGAAAAGUGCGGUUUUGUUGGAAAAUACAUUUUAAACUUAUUCGUGUGCUAAAAAAUAUUGAAGAAAACUAUUAAAAUAUUUCGAUAGCGGAAAUUCGAGUGGUGUGCGUGCGUGGAGUGUGCUGGUAGGGUGCUUUUGGCGAGGAGUCGUGGCUAUGCAUGAAAAGAAAAUGUUUUGACGCUACGAAACCAUCGAUCACUACGACGACAAACGCAAGCAAACAAAGGAAAAUUGAAACUAAAAAUUUUGCCAUUUUCGGUAACGGUCCUCCUGUAAUUAAUAGCCCUUUGUGUGUUGUUCCUGGAUUUCAAGUUUCCUCAACAUAGCGCUGGGCGACUACGUCGUGAACACCGUGUCCGUUGCGUGCCGUUGUCGUCGUCGUCGUGAACAUCGUCUCGUAUCGCCUUUCCUUCAGUUCAAUUUACGAAUAAUAAUAAAAUAAGAUGUGCUACACUGCGUUCAUUUCUUGUUGAAUCGCAUAUUGUGAAAUAAAAAGAAAUUAAUUUUUCUUUUCUCUAAGAAUUCUAUGGUUGAGGCAUCUGUGUGUGGGCUUUUGGUGACAGGUGUGUCUUAAUAACAUCUUUAGACUUCUGGAGUAGUGAUACGCAAUAUAUUAUUUGCUCAACGAUCUUGAAAAAUUACAUAUUUUUCUAAGCUAAUGCAAUAAUAUGAUAUAAGCAGACAAAAGAAAAUAUUACAAAAACAAACCGAAGAAGCACUGCAAACUAGAGAAUUCACAGAUGGUUCAAUGCAAUAAAAACACAAGAAGGAAUAAUAGCUGUAGUAACGGUUUGCAAUAAGAUCAGCGUUUAGAUUAUCAAUACUAAAGACGACCUGCCGAACUAAACGGUUGUCACAACGUCUUCGGCUACAUAUUGACAGACGUCAAUAUACUGCACAUCGAUCCUUCUCUGAUCUCCUCACCACUCACUGCCUCGAUAUCGUCAACAGCAAAUUCAACGCAUCGUUUAACUGUUGCCAGCUGUCGCAACACCAUCUGCAGCAAUAACAACAACAACGGCACAACCAUUACAGCACGUUUAUAAGAUCUACAAUUGAUGAUCUAAACCACAUUCUUCUCCAAGAAGCCAAUUGUUAUUAAAAGCAUCAUUAAAUAUACAACAAAGAGCGAAGAAGCCCAUCAUCCAUACUUCGUCAUCAAAAUCAAACAACUCUAAAUACAUCAUCCACCACUAGCAUAUAGACCAUUGAUUUAUAAAAGAAAUGGAACUGAGAGUUGGCAAUAAAUAUCGCCUGGGUCGUAAGAUCGGCUCAGGUUCGUUUGGCGAUAUUUACCUAGGCACCACAAUAAACACAGGCGAGGAAGUCGCCAUAAAACUUGAAUGCAUACGCACGAAACAUCCCCAGCUACACAUCGAGUCAAAAUUCUAUAAAACCAUGCAGGGCGGCAUUGGUAUACCGCGCAUAAUCUGGUGUGGGUCGGAAGGUGAUUACAAUGUGAUGGUGAUGGAAUUGUUAGGCCCAUCAUUGGAAGAUUUAUUCAAUUUCUGUUCACGUCGCUUCUCACUAAAAACAGUACUAUUACUCGCCGAUCAGAUGAUAUCACGCAUCGAUUAUAUACAUUCUCGUGACUUCAUACAUCGAGACAUAAAACCGGACAAUUUUCUCAUGGGUUUGGGCAAAAAGGGAAAUCUCGUUUAUAUAAUUGACUUUGGACUGGCGAAAAAAUUCCGCGAUGCCCGCUCUCUGAAACACAUACCCUACCGGGAAAACAAAAAUCUCACAGGUACCGCACGUUAUGCCUCAAUCAACACACAUUUGGGCAUUGAACAGUCGCGUCGUGACGAUUUGGAAUCGCUCGGUUAUGUGCUGAUGUAUUUUAAUUUGGGUGCACUGCCGUGGCAAGGUCUGAAGGCUGCCAACAAACGUCAGAAGUAUGAACGCAUCUCGGAGAAGAAACUGUCGACGACAAUACUGUCGUUGUGUAAAGGUUUCCCCAGCGAAUUUGUCAACUAUUUGAAUUUCUGCCGUCAAAUGCACUUUGAACAACGGCCCGAUUAUUGCUAUUUAAGAAAACUCUUCCGUAAUUUGUUCCAUCGUCUUGGCUUCACUUAUGACUAUGUCUUCGACUGGAAUCUGCUGAAAUUUGGCGGGCCACGUAAUCCGCAAGCCAUUCAACAACAACAGGAUGGUGGCGGUGAAUGCCAACAAGGACAAGAGGCAUCCGCUUCACAACAGCAACAACACCAACACAAUCAGAAACAAAUAGCUGGUGGUGUCGCUGCCGUAGGUAGUGCACAAAUCAUGAACUCGGGAGGCGGUGGAGGUGCGCAAACACUGGUCAGUAGUAGUGGUGCAAUGGUCGGUGGUGGCACUUCCCAAAUGGUGGUCGGCAGUGGCAAUGGUGGCGGCGGCCUAAAUAUGGAUGAUUCAAUGGCGGCCACGAAUUCAUCACGUCCUCCCUACGAUACCCCCGAACGGCGCCCAUCGAUUCGCAUGCGUCCAGGUGGUGGUGGAGGCGGCGGCGUGGUGCAGCCGGGCGUUGUCAACGACACAUUGUUUGCGAAUGUGAAAUCGAAGCAUGGAAGAAAAAUGCCAACAAAACAAAAAACAACGCAAAGAGAAAUUAAGCAGAAUAAUCGUUAAAAUGAAAAAGAAAAACCAUAACAGCAGGCAAAGAAACUAAUGUGUAUACUUAAAAAUAAUAUAGCAAAAUAAAACGAUGUAAAGAACGUAAUACAAAAAAAAAAAAAAUAAUAAUAAUAAUAAUACAGAAAAUAUUGAAGAUGUACGUGGAUGAUACCACAUUGCUAUUGAAAAAUUUUAUGCUGUAUAAAACUUUGUAAUGCAUACAAAAUUGUAUGCGUGUAUACACAUACACAUAUACAUUAUUUGAUUAAUUAAUGAAUAGAUGUAUGUAGUUUUGCUGAAAUUUAUCGAACUUUUAUUGCGAGAGAAGGUACUGCAUUGUUGUAGGCCACCUCCUUCAUCCAAGACACAUGUGCACCAAUAGAUUUGCAUUGUAUGUAUAUUUAUAUAUAAACAUUCUUUAAGAUUAAUACCUAUUCAUAUUUUUUAUUGAAAAAAUAGAAAAAGAAAAUACUUUA